AUGGGCUACUUAGAAUAUCAUUAUUCGUUGCGAUUCACUACCCCUGAAUCCUCCCUCUUCUCAGAGCUCGUCUACACUGCGGACAAGGACCAGCAAUCGAACCAGGCUGGAGGAGUGGAGAGGGAGAAGAGCUGUGGUGGUGACAUAUCUGACAGCGAGGAAGACCCACUCCGCAGUCUUUUCUCUGAUGAUGAUGAUGAUGAUGAUGAUGAUGACAAUGCCGCUGAUCUCGACUCUCCGGAUACCGAAAACGCUAUCGGCCUGGAUGAGGCGUGCCAUCCUUCAAAAGGCAAAGAGGUUACGGAGAAGCGCGUACUGCAUAAUCACUUAGGAAGCGGUUGUGAUAGAUCUGACCACGACCCUUCCCGGAGUUGUGGGCUUUGGUCACGUAUAUAG